AAAUGGUCGGCAUUCGUCUGCACGGAACAGCAGAGUAGAAACGAGCGUUGACGUCGUGUGCGUUGAUAGUUCUCGAGUGCUGUGCUAGGGACUGGUGUCUUGCGUGCUAUCGAGUUCCAAAUGAGUACUUAUUUAUGGCGUUGCGAAUACUUCAAUUCGGCGUUGUGUUUGCAAUAGGAUACCACCUCGGCCCUGCAUCGCCGUUUGCAGGAGCCGUCGAUGUCCCCGAAGUACCUCUCUCGAUCCAGCUGAAGGACCCGCAGGAUGUGACGGUGAGCAGAGGACAGUCGGCCACCCUGCGCUGCGACGCCCAGUCCCCGACGCCCGGUCUCCAAAUCACGUGGUUGCACAAUGAUCAACCAAUCAAAAGCAACGACAGCAGACGCCACGUGCAGAGAGACGGCUCUCUGUACUUCCCCAAGCUCGGCGACGGCAAGAAGAGCAAGAACCUCACCGGAGAAUACCGAUGCAGGGCCUCGGUCCAGAACGUAUCGAUGCUCUCCAACCCCGCCAAAUUAAAAGUUGCUUCUUUCGGUGAUUUCGACAAACAACCAAGUAAUCUGAGUGUUCCAGAAUCUCAACCUGCAGUUCUCUUCUGCAAUAUAAACUCCGUUCCUGCUGCACAAAUUAAGUGGGAGCAAAAUACCAAACCUCUACCUCAUAACACAAGAUAUGUUCCUCUCCCUACGGGAGCUUUAUUAAUCACAAAAACUCAUUCCUCAGACGCAGGAUCAUAUAGAUGUAUUGCAACAAAUAGUUUACUUAAAAAGACUAAGAAUAGUAAGAUAGUUGAGCUAACGGUUUCUUCAGUUCCCUCGAAGACCGUAGCCCCCACGUUUCUACCUCUUGAUAUUUUACCGAAUACCACCACAGUUCUGGCUGGAGAAGACGCGUAUCUACAUUGCGCUGUGAGCGGAUGGCCUAUUCCUACAGUACAAUGGCUUAACAAUAUUAGUGUCGUUAUUAGCAAUUCGAGCGUUCUGCAGUUCCGCAACGCGAGCCUGCGCGACGCCGGCAACUACACGUGCACGGUCUACAACGCCGGAGGGCGCAUCAGCCAGCGGUACCUCCUCGAGGUGCACCAGGCGCCCUACUUCAACGUCACCCCCACGUCGAAGACCUACCCCCCGGCCAAAACCGUCCGCCUGGACUGCCACGCCCUCGGCUCGCCCAAACCAAAAAUCUACUGGCUGAAGAACGGGGAGCCGCUGCAGAACGCCGCCAGGAUCAAGAAGCACCCCACCAAGCUGGUCAUCAGCCACACGUUCACGUCGGACUCGGGGAUUUACCAGUGCUUCGCUGUGAACGCGGCGGGGAGGGUGUGGGCGGCGGCGCAGUUGGUACCUACGUUACUACAUACUCCUAGUCCUCCUGAGAAUGUACAAUGUCGGCCUUACGACGACUCGAGCGUCUGUCUGAGUUGGCAGCGCCCGAAGGACGCGUUGGAGGUGAAGGCCUACAGCAUCUAUUGUUACUAUACGGAUAUGGAACGAGAGAUGCCCGGGACUGACUUCGUUACAAAUAGGACGCAGUAUUUGGCUUCUGGUCUUAAUGGUAGUACAAAUUACACGUGUUAUGUUCGACUAUACUCAACGAUUGCGAGCGACCGGUCGCAGAAAGUUAGCUGCAAGACAGGUAUGAAAGGUAGACGCAACUUACAAGUAAUCCCAAUUAACGAAACCUCGGUCGAAUUAUCCUGGUCCAGAGUUAGCACGGAUGUUCCUUGCGAUGGUACAAACGAGUUAUACAAGAUUGAGUGGAGGCGCAAAGGACGGCCUCCUGCCGUUUCUGAACGCUGCGAAGGAUUUUCGUACACCAUUACCGGGUUGGCUGCUUCGGUCGAGUACGAAUUCCGCGUGAUUCCCGCAUGGGCGAAAUCCUCCAACGCCCCCUGGGCCGCCUACACCCCAAAAGGCCACAGAACCAACACGAACCUCAACGACUUGAUACCGCUGGCCCCCGAACACGUCGAAGCCGGCCGAGUAUCCCCGACGAACAUCAACCUAACUUGGAUCGACAACAACGAAAACACAAGAUUCUACAUGAUCUGCAUGGUCGAGAGCGGCAAACAAGUCGACUGCGACGACAAAGACCUACUCAUUAGCGCCUCAAACAGCCUGCUGAUCACCGACCUCCAGCCCAACUCCUCCUACGACUUCAAGGUCAGAGCCCACAACUUCGGCGAUCACGUCGGUCCCUUCUCACAGUCCACCACAAUUCGCACCCCUGCAGACGUGCCUUCAAAAGUUCUAAACUUGAAUUAUGCGAUUGUGAACGAGACCACGGUUUGUCUGCGGUGGCAAGCGCCUCUGCACAAGAACGGGAGGUUGACGGGGUACUUGGUCUUGUACACCCCGAACGCCGACUGGCCUUUGGACAAGUGGUUCAACAAGUCGGUGUCGGCGGCGGUGGAAGCGGAGAAGAGGUGUUGGACUGGCGCCACUGACGACCAGACGCUUUCGACGCCCCUGGUUGGGCUACAACCGGAUACAUGGUACAUGGUUUACGUCAGGGCCAUCUCGGAAGUGGGGCUGGGGAACCCCGUGUAUCCAAUCCAAAUCAACACUCGCGAGAUCAAAACUACUGAACAACAACCAGAACCGUCAGAAGAUGUCCACUACAAUCAAAAUUUAGGUAUCAUAAUGGGCGUGACAAUAUCCCUCCUGUGCCUGGUAUUCUGCAUCAGCUGCACCAUCCUGGUCCGCAAACGCUGCCUAAAAACCCGGGCCUUCUCCCGGGCCCGCAUGGCCGCCUCCAACAACUACUACCCAGCAGUAGCCCAGUACGCCUCCGAAGGUAGCUCCGUUCAGGUACGCCUGGAGCACUCGUGCUCGGCGACCAUGCACGAGAUCGAGCACCUGGUGGGGGACGAGUGCAGCAACCACAUCCCCCCGGACACGCCGGCCCACCUGGACACCAAGGGGAGUGAUGGAUUUCCCAAUGGUCACAUAAACGGAUCGGCCAAGCCUUACAUUAAUGGUCAUAUUGCAAACGGCAUUGUUCACAUCACUGAAAAUCCUCGAUACUACGCCCUCGAGUGCAACGGCUACGCCGAGAAGAAACCCAAGCCGCAAGACCUCUGCUGCUCCCCCUACGAAGAGGACUCCAACUCUAACCUCAAAACGUCAAAAUUCCACGACCUGCACCGCAUCUUCGAAAACUCCAAAGUAGUCAAAGUACCCGACAUGACAAACCGAGCAAAUCGUCAGUGCAAUUUCCCGCAAAAAAAUUCAAAAAUCAAAUCAAACGAAGAUUGUAAAAACUCUAGCUUUAAAGAUGUUAGACCUAAUGGAUAAAACGGCCGCCGUUAGUCAAUAUAACAAAAAAAGUAGGAAAUAUUUAUGACCAAUCCCUAAACUAAACACUAACAGUUGAAUUUAACGCUACCUACCUACAAUAAUAGGAUAAUUCUGACUGACUUCGUUCACUUUAGUUAAUUGGGCGGGCGGCGCGCCGUUUCACGCAGCGCGCGCUUGCGUAGCGCGACAUAACCUCACAAAGCGUGCGCGCGCCGCCCGUCUAACUCCCACCCAGGUUUUAUUAAGGACAGUUCCUCCACAAUAAGUACAGCUCGAGUAUUUUUCAACCACAGUUUUAAUUGCAAUAGGUUGUCCGUUUUGCAACGAUUUCUGUUACGAAACACUCAAUUGCUCAAUAUUAAUCUGUAACUUGUUUGAUCCUACACCAACAUAGUUCGCUUUAAUUUGGUGUUCUUUUCCACUUGUGUUGUGAGUUCGUUUUCGUAGCCCGGACUCGGUCUCCAGUGGCGGCGUAGCGUGGCCCUUGCGCGGUCGUUUGCCGCAAGGGCGCCGCCACCGGGGGCGAGUCGGGGGCGGAAGCCCCCAGUGGCGUCCGUCUUGUUUAAAUUUGCGUGUUGGUGUGGUAUGGAAUCUAUGAUUUUAAUUAGCAUAAUACAACUGGUACCUGACAACAAUUACAUAUAAAAUAGCUUAGUAAGUAAAAUGUUAUUGUACAGUAUAUUCAGAGUGGGUGUGUGUGUGGAAGGUGUCGUGAUUGUUACAGUGUUCUAUGUUACAUGGCUACAAUGUUAACUGUUCUUCAUUAACGUUACCAACAAAGCAUAUUUAUUAUUUAUAUAUCCAAAGAUGAAUAUUCCAUUGUUUAAAAAAAUGUACAAAAAUUGUUUAUAAAAUAUUAUCCUCUUAUUCAGUCACAACUCUAUGUGGUGUGUGCCUUUAUAUUGUACAAAAACAACGAUCUUUUUUUUUGCUGUACAUAUAGGUUUUAGGGUUUGUUUUAGUUACCUGUUUCGUUACUUGAUUGGCAACAGUUUCUCGAUCCACGAUGCUCAAAUACUCCGGCGCGAAUUUCUAAAAACGCGGUUAAAGGCGAAGUUGGCGUUAUUUCUUUCGCUAUUAACAGGCACAGCGCACCCUUAUAGACGUGCUCGGAAGCUACAAUAAAUCAGCAACACUACACCAACAUUCCUUCAGACAAUACCAAGUAUUAAACCGCUAACACCCGUUUAGGUUACAGUGUACAUUCCAGAAGCGAAAAUUAAAAGCAAUAGACUUAAAGUUAAUAAUACUAAUGUAAAAUUAUGAUAGAGGAAAUAUUUAAUUUUCAAUUUGAGCAAAAAGAAUGGUGUUAAUGCCAAGUUGUUCAAAUAGUUAUUAAAAAAACGUUUAAAUCUACCUCACUUAUAAUGUUACAGUAAUUUAAGUAUUUUCCUAAUAUUAUAAUACUGUUAAUUUAUGUUAUGUCUCAGGGCAUUUUAGUUGAUUAGUUUAGUUUAAAACUAUGCUUUAUCAUUGACUAUAAAAGUGUAUGUUGUAUGUCCAUCCGAUAUUAAUUUAAUGUUUUUUAUUGUUUUACCGAAAAGUCUGAUGCGAGAGGCUGCUAGUUUAAAUUUUGUAGCCAACAGACUUCAAGAUGGUCUGCUGUGGAAUUGUCUGACGAUUCCAUUUCUCCACUUAUGUUAAAAUAGUAUACAAGCUCGGACUUUCGGCGUGGGGCGGCGACGCAAGGUACUUAAACGUUUCUUUUUUUACGUAAACACGCCAAAUACCUCACUUUUAUAUUUUUUAAACUAACAUGACAAAUAAUCAAGCUAGCAAUAAAGUGACACAAAACUUAGGUGAUUGCAAAUCGUUCAAACAACGAAUCCAUUGUUCGAAGGAAGUUUCUUAAGUUUCAAGUCCCACGGCCGAAAUUCUGGUCAAAUAGGUACUGUUAUUGCAACUCAUAAUGUAAAUUAUAUUUAAAUAAAAAAAUGGUGUAAAUGUGUUAAUAAUAUAUUUUUGUACGCUUGAAUGAAUGCGAUAUUAUAAUGUAUUUUAAAAUAAAGAAUAUUUAAAAUGUAUAAUA